AUGCCCGAUCACGCCAGCCAAAUAUCCGACUGUGUACCCUACAUGGCAAAUGGAGAGUAUGCCAGCUCUUAUGAAGAGGGUCGUUCACCAAUGCUGGCUGCGGAGCAUCGCCAGGUUCCGGAAAUUGUCUCCUACUCCCCCCAGAGAGGCUCUGAAGGUACUCGAGUUUUCGUCCAGAUUCAAUCCCCGUACGAUCUCCACACAUCAAAUUACGCAACUGUCUAUCUCGUGUUCGGCUCGAAAAAGUGUGACUGCGUGCCGCACUUUCUCGGCUUCCAGGGCCCUUUGUUUCAGUAUGCACUGUCCGUCGAUACGCCUCCAUUCAGCUCCACUGGGUCGCCGUCGUUGGCGGUCCCCCUGCAAGUGAUCAUGGACCACAAUGAUUGCCAUGCAGUCACUCUACAAGUGGGUGUUUACACCUUCGAGCAUGCUACGAUGCAGUCUCCAUCGGACGAAUCCCGGAAGCGGAGAGUUCCUUCAUACUCGGACGAGGCUCUCUCGAGGGCACCCAAACGAGUUAUUGCCCCACCAAUGCACGCAAAGGAACAGCCCACCGUGUCUUCUGCGACCUACUCUCCAUAUAUGCAGUCCUUGCCUGCCAUGAGUAGCUUUGUCACCCCUCAUCAUGCGGCUGCCUCACCGAGGGUUCCGCCCACCCAGUACUCCGCCUUGUCGACUACGUCCCAAGCCUCCAUUCGAGCCCCAUCGCCUAUCACACCAUCAUAUAGCCCAUCGUUUCUUUCGGUGGCCAACGAUGCUAGAAGCACAAGCUAUGCAGUGAGCCACGCUUUCCGCCAUCAAAACCAACCCUCACCUGGGAGGUUUGGAAAUCCAACGCUGAUCCGGACGUCGACGUUACAGCAAUCAGGCGCUUAUGGCCAGACACAGUCUUUCAACCCCUAUGCUAUGUGUCCGACGAAGGCGGUCCUGAAGUUGAACGGUGAUCUGGAUGUGAUGACUGAAAGCUGGUCCCGAGAGGAACGUGACGCGAAACGUCGCCUCGUCCAAUUUACACGGAUGCAAAGUGGUAGCACGAUCCACGCAGAUUUCAAGCCAGUAGCUCCCGAGGACCGAGCCCCAAACAGCAUCUGCAUUAGCUGUAUCUACUGGGAUGGGAAGGACGAAUGCUUCGUCACCAGCGUUGACACCAUCUAUUUGCUCGAGUCCUUGGUAGGGGUUCGUUUCACGGUAGAGGAGAAGAACCGGAUCCGGCGGAAUCUGGAAGGCUUCAGACCUCUUACUGUCUCCAAGGCCAAGGCAGAUAGUGAGGACUUCUUCAAAGUUAUCAUGGGUUUCCCGGCGCCGAAGCCAAGAAACAUCGAGAAGGACGUGAAGGUUUUCCCUUGGAAAAUCCUUAGCCACGCCUUGAAGAAAAUCAUCGGGAAAUAUUCUGCCAGCUACUCUUCGAUUUCUGGAACAUUAGCUACCCCGAUCGGUUCAACCUACACCAGCAAUGGAGCGGCUUCUGAUUCAGGAACUGAACCUCCGAACGCUGCAUCCCCUCAGUCAGUCUCGGACACUGCUGCUCCGAGCACGUACGGUACCAGCAUCACUGCUUCGACCUACACACCUCCUCCCAUGACAGGGCCCCCCGAAUUGCGGGGCGGGCUGCCUUCUGUCAGCCAGCCCUAUCCGGCGUUGGCCACGCCGUAUUCCUACCCGCCUGUCUGUCAGCAGCAGAGCCAAAUCGGGCUCACUGCCCCUGUCAGCAGCCGGGCCUGGGAACUGAAUCCUCUCCUCACGUCUGCGGCAGGCACCGGAGCCCCUAGCGGCAGCGCUUGCUACAACUAUCUCACCCCGAUGCCGUAUUCCGUGCAUGACCAGGCCCACGGGCCUUGA